AUGAAUACACCACGAACUGAACUGAACGCAAACCAAUACAUACCACAAGUGUUCCCCUACAGUAGAAACAACAUAGAUCAACAUAUACUUAAUAGACUACGUAGGCAACUUGGUGAAGCCAUCAAAGCCGCAAACAACGAAACGUUCGAACAUUACAUAACAAACCUUAUAAACGGCGGUGCCAAAGAUGGAUUGGACAUGAAUCUGGCGCCGGCUUGGCAAAAGGGGUACACCGGAAAAGGGGUAGUGGUGUCGAUCCUCGACGACGGCAUCCAGACAAACCAUCCCGACCUGGCACAGAAUUACGAUCCGCUAGCCAGUACUGACAUCAAUGGAAACGACGAUGAUCCCAUGCCUCAAGAUAACGGCGAUAAUAAACAUGGAACGAGAUGUGCAGGAGAGGUUGCAGCAGUAGCUUACAAUCAAUUCUGCGGGAUCGGUGUAGCCUACAACGCUAGUAUAGGAGGCGUACGUAUGUUAGAUGGUGUAGUAAACGACGCAGUUGAAGCCAGAGCCCUAGGUCUAAAUCCAGAGCAUAUCGCCAUCUACAGCGCUUCCUGGGGGCCUGAAGAUGACGGGAAAACCGUAGAUGGUCCCGGUCCACUAGCGAGGCGAGCCUUCAUAUAUGGAGUAACCAGUGGUAGAAAGGGAAAAGGAUCAAUUUUCGUUUGGGCUUCAGGAAAUGGAGGCCGACAUACGGAUUCCUGCAAUUGUGAUGGGUACACUAACAGCAUAUUUACCUUGAGUAUAUCCAGUGCUACUCAAGGAGGUUACAAACCUUGGUAUCUGGAAGAGUGUUCUUCCACAUUAGCUACAACUUACAGCUCAGGAACACCUGGACAUGACAAAAGCGUCGCAACUGUUGACAUGGACGCUAGAUUACGUCCAGACCAUAUCUGCACUGUAGAACAUACUGGAACUUCAGCUUCAGCACCUUUAGCUGCUGGAAUAUGCGCCCUAGCCCUUGAAGCCAACCCAACAUUGACGUGGCGAGACAUGCAAUAUUUAGUAGUACUCACUUCAAGAGCUCCACCACUGGAAAAAGAGGCUGGAUGGAUAGUAAACGGUGUUGGGCGAAAAGUUUCCCAUAAAUUUGGUUAUGGUCUGAUGGACGCUGGUGCUUUGGUUACUUUAGCUGAAAAAUGGACUACGGUACCACCCCAACACAUCUGCAAAAGUCAAGAAAUUGUAGAAGAUCGACCAAUUAAUCCUGCCUAUGGGUCCAGUUUGAAUUUCAAUAUGGAAGUAGACGCCUGUAGUGGUACCCUGAACGACGUCCGGUUUUUAGAGCACGUGCAAUGUAAGAUUUCUUUACGAUUCUUUCCCAGAGGAAACCUUCGUAUACUGCUUACUUCUCCGAUGGGUACUACUAGUACUCUUCUCUUCGAAAGACCAAGAGACGUUGUUAGCUCUAACUUCGAUGACUGGCCAUUCCUAAGUGUGCACUUCUGGGGAGAAAAGGCCGAAGGAAAAUGGAGAUUACAGAUUAUCAAUUCCGGAAAUCGACACGUUAAUCAGCCUGGAGUACUAAAAAAGUGGCAACUGAUCUUUUAUGGUACAUCUGUGAAUCCCGUACGUCUUCGUCCUCCAAAUGGAGCCAGAUCUACCCCAUGGAAGUCUCCGUUAAAUACAUUUACCUUUCCGACACAAGCUCAACCCGUAAAUCCCGUUACUGACAAUUUUUUCGAAGAUAAUAUAUUUAAGAAUUUCCAAGACUUUCCUAACAUAUACUCCUUCUCUGGAUCUGAUCCAGAAGAAGCGAUCAGUACUCUAGACGGCAAAGGAAAGAGAACCGAAGUGCGUGAUAACCAGGACAACGAUCUGGAAAACGAGGAGGAAACCAAAGAAGGCUGUGAUGAACAAUGUGAUGAACAAGGAUGUUUUGGACGAGGUCCUACUAAGUGUAUAGCGUGCAAGAAUAAGAGAAUGGAUAAAACGUGUGUGUCUACGUGUCCCCCGAGAAGUUAUUCCGACUCCCAAAACGUUUGCCAACCCUGUCAUGAAGCCUGCGAAACGUGUACAGGUCCAGAUCAAAAGAGCUGCUUGUCGUGUUCUCCUGGACACGUGAGAGUCAUCGACUUGGAUAUAUGCUUGCAACAAUGUCCUGAAGGAUAUUAUGAGAAUUUUGCCGACAGAACCUGCAUUCCUUGCCAGCCCAACUGCGCAGGUUGUCAGGAUCGUCCAGACCAUUGUACCAGCUGUGAUCACCACUUAUUAUUAUUCCAAAAUAGAUGUUUAGCUUCGUGUCCCCUUAGUACUUUCGAGACUGACGACUAUGGUUGUGCAUCAUGUCACGAAUCGUGCGAGACCUGUACAGGAUCAAACAGUUCUCAAUGCAUUUCCUGUCCCACCGGGAGGUUCUGGCACGAAGGACGAUGCAUAAAAGAAUGUCCUGCUCACCAUUAUGCCGAUUUGCAGCGGAAAGAGUGCAUAGAGUGCCCGCCCGGUUGCAGUGAAUGUAACAAAACAACGUGUAUCUCGUGUUUGGACGAUUGGAAGGUGAACAGCAAGGGACGGUGCGUUUCGCAAAACAGCGAUAAGUGCGAUGUUGAUCAAUACUACGACAGCGGCCUAUGCAAACCAUGCCAUUCCACGUGCGACUCUUGCGACGGACCUACAGAAAAAGCCUGUAUAUCCUGUGCCAGUCCGUUAAUCCUUCAGGGUACUAAGUGUGUAGGAAAGUGUGACAAAGGUUUCUACAACGAAAAAGACAACCAAGUUUGCGAACCAUGCCUACACGCAUGCGCAAGAUGCGUCGCGAAAACAAAUUGUACAGAAUGUAGAAGUGGACUACAGUUACAAAGCGGAGAAUGUCUCACUACCUGUGCUGCUGGUUACUACAGCGAUAAAGGUAUGUGUUUGAGGUGUUACAUGAGCUGCAAAACGUGCAGUGGUCCAGGUACAGAUCAAUGUGUGAGCUGUCCUAACGGAUGGCAGUUGCUAUCUGGGGAAUGCCGACCCGAUUGUCCAGAAGGAUACUAUAAGACGGAAUAUGGCUGCCAGAAGUGCCAUUAUUCUUGCAGGAAUUGUCCAGGCAAGUUACUAGAUCUAUGUUGCAAAAUGCAAGAGGGUAAGAGGAAAAUAAACGUAGAAGCUCUUCUUCUAUCCGCCCAACCAGUUUCUACUUUACAGAUAGUGAACCCGUUCAAUUUUAUUACAGGAAUAGCAAUAAUAGCAUGUCUGUGUGUCAUUAUACUUUUUAUCACCAUAUUCAUCAUACUGCAGAAGAGCAGCAUCCAGGCCCAACAGAGAGGCUACAGCAAAGUGUCAAUAAAGAAACCGAAGGUGACGUGUAACUACAACGUGGUGUCCGUUAGUGAUGCAGACUCGAGCGAUUCCGACAGUUCAGAUGGGCAGAAGCUCAUAACCCCCAAACCGGAACGGACAGCUUGUUGA